AGCUUGGUGCACCCGAACGUAACCUUCAUAGACCAUGCCGCCUGUGCCGCUCUCGACAAGGAUACCAGUGUCCUAUGAACCCGUGGUGAAGAGCCGUAUCCAGGCCAAACUUGAGUUCUACCUUCCGAACGCGACAGACAGCGUGCUGUGUGACUAUGUCAUGGUCAUGGUGGGGAAUCAGAAGACUUCAGAGCAGAUCGCUCAAGACCUGGAUGCUUUCCUGGGUCCAGACGAGGCCAAGGAGUUUGUUACCUGGCUCUGGGAGCUGUUGACCUCUGUGGAGAAGAAAACCAUAGUGCUGACAGAUGAGGAGAAGAAGUUAUCUCAAGCGGCUGCCGAGAACUCGAAGGCAGAAGAAACAAACACGUCGCGAGCCCGCUCCCGUUCUCGGUCGCGGGACAACUCCAGGGAGAGAGAUAGGAACAUCUACAGUGAAACGGUUGCAACGUUCUCACGGUCCCACCGGUCGCGAGACCGGUCGAGGUCAAGGUCAAGGUCUCGGAACAGGGAUCGACAGAGGGAUCAGGGUGAUCGCAGAAGGGAUGAUUACCGGGGUGAAGGAUACGACCGGAGGAACUUCCGUGGUCAGAUCUCUUCUCGCCUCCUGCGCGAUGCUGUCAAGACCGCCUCACAACAGGAUGAGGAGACCAGUAGGAGGCGGGGAGCCUAUGGGAGCCGAAGCAGAGUCAGCGAUGUUCGUGACGACGACGAGUCGCGCAAAGAGUCUACUGCAGAGAACGAUCCCUUCAGAUCGGAUGCAAUCUUGGAUGUGAGAAGAGAAGUCUCAGGGCAGAGCUGGAGUACAAGCACUUCCAUUGAGUG